AUUUUAUUUUAUUAAUAUUUAGCCAUAUGUAGUUUUAACAAAUACUUUAUAUAUUAUGUGGCGACAAUUAACUAAGUUCGCAUUGAAAAUCAAUUGUGAAUGUGCGCUGAAGAAGAAUAAGUUAGAAGAGGACGUUUAUCGUUACGGAGCAAAGUUGUGCAGUUGCGUUAAAUUGCAAAGCAGCCAACAUGUCCUUGACCCCAAAAAGUGUAGAUUUCAAUGAAAUCUGGCCAAAUCUUAGAAGUACCGCCGAAGCGGUCAUAACGCUGGGCAAUGUUAACCGUACAGAUUGGAGUACCAGAUUUAGCGAUGUUUAUACCUUGUGUGUGGCUCAUCCAGAGCCUUACGCCGAUCGACUGUAUAAUGAGACGAAACAAUUUUUAGAGAACCAUGUACAGAAUAUGUUGGCAACAAGAGUGGCACCGGAUACAUGUAGCACACCCAUUGAAAAUGGUCAACCAGAUCUACUACAACGUUACUAUGAUGCGUGGACUGAAUAUAGUCAAGGUGUCAAAUACUUGGAUAAUCUAUAUUCUUACCUAAAUCAGCAGCAUAUUAAAAAGCAAAAAAUCUCCGAUGCUGAAGUGGUAUAUGGUAAUUUGUCCACCGAGACGUUGGAGCAAAUGGAAAUAGGCGAAUUGGGUCUGGAUAUUUGGCACAACUACAUGUUAAAGUCGUUAAGUGACGAUCUGGUCAAACAUAUUUUGGAGGACAUUAAAGCCGAUCGCUGUGGCAAUCCAGAAAUCACACCACAUCGCGUAAAAGUUGUAAGCGGUGUGAUACAUAGUUUCGUGCAGGUGCGUGGCUAUAGGAGAACUGGAUCACUCAAAUUGUAUCAAGAAUUUGUUGAGGUGCCAGUAGUUAAGGCUAGUGGCGAGUACUAUGAUAAUGAAGCCACCAAACUAUUGAAGACGUGUACAGUGAGUCAAUACAUGGAGGAAGUUAUCAAAUUACUGGAUGAAGAAACUAAACGUGCUAAGAAAUUUAUGCACAUGAGUUCAAUGUGGAGAUUACGUAAGAAGUGUGAGGAUCGUUUGGUCAAUCAACGACUUGAUUUUAUUUACUCGGAAUGCAAGGAUAUGGUAUCAAAAGAGAAACGCAGUGAUUUGCGCAACAUGUAUAGAAUACUGAAACCGAUAUCGGAGACUUUGAAAACGCACUUUAUACAAAUAUUUUCGAGUCACAUAAGAAAUGAGGGACUCGAAACGAUCUCAACACUAUCGGGCGAAAAUAUACAUAUACAAUUUGUGGAGAAUAUGUUAAAAGUGCAUCAAAAGUUUCAUGAACUAAUCGCCGAUGUAUUUGAAAAUGAUUCGCUAUUCUUGAGUGCUUUGGACAAAGCGUGCGCAAGUGUUAUCAAUCGUCGACCAGGCGAUCGGCAACCCUGCAGAAGUGCCGAAUAUGUUGCCAAGUACUGUGAUACGUUGCUGAAGAAAUCCAAGACUACCGAGGCUGAAAUCGAUCAAAAGCUCACCAACAAUAUAACCAUUUUUAAAUACAUUGAAGAUAAGGAUGUCUAUCAAAAAUUCUAUAGCAGACUAUUAGCAAAAAGACUUAUUCAUGAGCAAUCUCAAAGCAUGGACGCGGAGGAAGCUAUGAUCAAUAGAUUAAAGCAAGCUUGUGGUUAUGAAUUCACAAACAAACUGCAUCGUAUGUUUACGGAUAUUUCGCUCUCGGGAGACUUGAAUAACAAAUUUAAUAAUCAUUUAAAACAGGAAAAUAUUGAUUUAGGCAUUAAUUUAUCCAUCAAAGUGCUUCAAGCUGGCGCAUGGCCAUUGGGACCGACACAGGUUGUGAUCCCCUUUGCAGUGCCACAAGAAUUUGAAAAAUCUAUCAGAAUGUUCGAAGCCUUCUAUCACAAUUCGUUUAAUGGUCGCAAAUUGACAUGGCUACAUCAUAUGUGCAAUGGCGAACUGAAGCUGGGCUAUCUGAAGAAAACCUACAUCGUAACAAUGCAAACCUAUCAAAUGGCUAUAUUGUUGCUAUUUGAGUCGUGUGAUUCGCUUACCUGCAAGGACAUACAAAGCACGUUGCAAUUGAAUAGUGAAACGUUUCAGAAGCACUUACAAUCGCUGCUUGAAUCGAAAUUACUCAAUGCGAGUGCGGAAAACUUAGAGGGCAAUACGAAAAUAGAAUUGAAUUUCGACUAUUCGAACAAGAGAACAAAAUUCAAAAUAACAUCGGCUAUGCAAAAGGAAACGCAACAAGAGCAAAUCGAACACACCAUCAGUGCGGUAGACGAGGACCGUAAGCUAUAUCUGCAAGCAGCUAUUGUGCGUAUCAUGAAAUCUCGCAAAGUGCUGAAGCACAAUGCGCUUAUACAAGAGAUUUUAUCACAAUCGCGCGUGAGCUUUACACCGAGUAUUUCAAUGAUCAAAAAAUGCAUCGAAUCGUUGAUCGACAAACAGUACAUUGAGCGUACACCGAACUCGGGUGAUGAAUACAGUUAUGUAGCAUAACUUUGGAAAAUGCUGUUGGUGUUGUUAUUAUUGUUUAAGCAGCUUAUUGUGCAAUUGCAAUUGCGUACACAAUUUAACAGAACAUUAAUUUAAAUAUGCUGCUUCAAAGUUUGUAUGCCGAAUAUUAAAUUAUUCUUUAUAUACACAA